CUAGCACUCUGGGAGGCCAAGGCUGGCUUUGCUACAGCUGACCACUCCGGUCAGGAGAGAGCGACGGAGAAAGCCACGGAUAGACUAGAUGCCGACGAUAUCCAGGGGAGCAUUUCUCAAGAGGUCAAGCCGUGGGUGUGCUGUGCCCCACAAGGAGACAUGAUCUAUGACCCCAGUUGGCACCAUCCUCCUCCACUGAUACCCCAUUAUUCCAAGAUGGUCUUUGAAACAGGACAGUUUGAUGAUGCCGAAGACUGAGGGUGGAGCUCUCUGCCUUGGGGUGGGUGGGCCCUGCAGGCCAACUUGGUCCCUCUUCUCAUCUUGGAGGUGAGAUGUCAUAUCUGAGAAGACGUUCCCAGUGACCCCUGAGUCUGGGGCACACAGACUGGUGUUACAUAAGGUCCCACUGUUCUCAGUUCUGCUGUUUUCAAAGGGUUCUUCCUUGGAAUGUGUGAGUGUUUGUGUCUGAGUCGAGAGUUGUGUUCUUUAUAAAUAAAGAUAGAAAAAAAUCAG